AUGGACAGUUCAGUAUGUUUGUUUACAUAUUUAACUGUUUUACUAAUUUGUAAUGUAGAAAGUUCAUUUUUUCCAUAUGUUUAUCCUAGAAUAAAUUUACAAUCUAAAAUGAACAAGAUUUCUGGUGAUGCCUUAAUACUUACCCCUUAUUUGGAGCGUCAGGAAAUUGAUUUGGCACGGAAUCUCUCCUAUGUUCAACUCACAGAGAAAAUGGGCUUCUCGAGUCAUGCCGGUUUCUUUACUGUCGAUAAGAAGUAUAAUUCAAAUUUAUAUUUUUGGUACUUUCCUGCUUUUAAUAAAAAUAAAGCAGCACCUGUCGUUCUGUGGCUGCAGGGAGGUCCUGGAGGCAGUUCACUUUUUGGAUUAUUCACUGAAAAUGGACCCAUAAUUGCCAAAAAAGGAGGCUUUGCUCGAAGAAAAUAUCACUGGGCGGUGGAAAACCAUUUAAUUUUUAUUGACAACCCAGUGGGAACAGGAUUUAGUUUCACAAAUGACAGUAAAGGAUAUUGUGAAGAUGAAGCAUGUGUUGCUAAAGGGCUCUAUGUGAGUUUGCAACAAUUCUUUACUUUAUUCCCAAACUUGUUUGAUAAUGACUUUUAUAUUACUGGAGAAUCAUAUGCGGGAAAGUAUAUUCCAUCAUUAGGGCUAUAUAUACACCAAAGAAACAUGGUAUCAAAACAAAAGAUUAAUUUAAAAGGAAUGGCAUUGGGUAAUGCUUAUUGUGACCCAAUUAAUCAACUAGACUAUGGAAGUUAUUUGUAUCAACAUGGAUUGAUUGAUUCAAAUCAGCAGGAUGUAUUUUAUCAAAUGCAAUCAAACAUAACUAAGGAAAUAAAGAAACAGAAUUGGCUCAAUGCUGGCAUUCUCAUGGAUCAAUUAAUGGAUGGAGACAUGUCAAACUUCUCAUACUUUAAAAACUUCACAGGUUUUCUAACAUAUUACAAUUUCUUGAUGAUUAACAAUGAAAUAGAUGUACCUGUGUUUAAAGACCUUCUCAACAAUGAUAAAGUAAGAAAUAGUAUUCACGUCGGAAACCUGCCAUUUCAUGAUGGAAAGGAAGUAGAAAUUUCUCUGGCAGCUGAUAUUUUGCAAUCAGUAACAGCUGAAAUAUCGCAGCUUUUAUCAUAUUACAAGAUGUUAUUCUAUAAUGGACAAUUAGACAUUAUUGUUGCUUAUCCCUUAACAGAAAAUUUCUUGCAACAUUUAGAUUUUUCUGCAUCAAAUGAAUAUAAAACAGCUGUAAAGAAAAUCUGGAGAGUUGGAGAUGAUAUUGCAGGAUAUUACAAAAAGGCAGGAAACUUGACUGAAGUUUUAGUACGAAAUGCAGGACAUAUGGUGCCAGGUGACCAACCUAAGUGGGCAUUUGACCUUAUAAGUAGAUUUAUAAAAAACAAAUUGUAA